CCCUUCAGCGCUCGGUGCAGAUCUCGCGAGAGCGCCUCUGUGGAUGUCUGUGGGAGUAGUAGGCAGAAGGGAAGAAGGCAGAGCCUGUAUCAUGGCGGAUAGAGACAGUGGAAGCGAGCAAGGCGGAGCGGCAAUGAGUUCCGGUGGUAGCUCUCUACACCCGGCGUCAGGAGCAGGCGCCUCAGUCCUUCAGCACGAAACGCAAGAACUGGCCUCCAAGCGCGUAGACAUCCAGAACAAGCGCUUCUAUCUGGACGUAAAGCAGAACGCUAAGGGCCGCUUCCUGAAGAUAGCGGAGGUCGGGGCCGGCGGCAACAAGAGUCGCCUGACGCUGUCCAUGUCCGUGGCCGUGGAAUUCCGCGACUACCUGGGAGAUUUCAUCGAGCAUUACGCCCAGUUGGGACCCAGCAACCCGGACGUGGCGCAGGACGAGCCCAGACGGGCGCUAAAGAGCGAGUUCUUGGUCCGAGAGAACCGAAAAUACUACAUGGACCUCAAAGAGAAUCAGAGAGGCCGAUUCCUGAGGAUUCGCCAGACCGUCAACCGCGGGCCCGGUUUGGGUUCGACCCAGGGUCAAACCAUCGCUCUCCCGGCGCAAGGACUGAUCGAGUUCCGCGAUGCUUUGGCCAAGCUCAUCGACGACUACGGGGUGGAGGAGGAACCGGCGGAAUUACCCGAGGGCACUUCAUUGACUGUGGACAACAAGCGGUUUUUUUUUGACGUGGGCUCGAACAAGUACGGGGUGUUUAUGAGGGUGAGCGAAGUGAAGCCCACCUACCGCAACUCUAUCACCGUCCCCUUCAAAGUCUGGGGCAAAUUCGGCCACACGUUCUGCAAAUACGCCGAGGAGAUGAAGAAGAUCCAGGAGAAGCAGCGGGAGAAGCGAGCCUCGGAGCAACCACAGCACGAGGACGAGGGGGAGGACGAUUGAUAACUGUUUCCCUUCCUUUAUGAACUAGCAACAAGAGAGAGAAAACAAAAAAAAUAUAUAUAAUAUAACUGUUUAACUCAGAGGCCACCAAUCCUCCACACAAAAAAACUGACAGUUUGUGACUUGUCACAUCCCCCCUCCCCCCCAUCGCUGGAUGUUGUCCACUUACCCACCAUAGAAACAGUAAGCAGCUGCUAAACCAUACAAAACAGAGAAACAAACCAGUAAUAACAAUAUAUAUAUAUAUAGAGAGAGAGAGAGAGGAGAACUGUGUUUCCUACUUGAUUAAAAUAUAAAAAAAAACUGAGUGUUUAUUUCCCUAAUUAACCCAGAACUUUUGUACACCUGCUAUUAUUAUUAAAAAAAAAAGAAGAAAAAAAAAAAGUGUUUGCCAUGGUCAGAUGAUAUAAUUGCCGAAGUAUAUUAAAAAAAAAAAGGGGGUCCUUUAAACGUGAACUUAGCACAAAGAGAUAUUUUAGAGAAACGUGUAUUUUUAGUUUGAUUUUUUUUUUUUGUUACGAAAAGUUUUAAGAACCUUACUCGGGGGGGGGGGAGAGGACUGUUCGAAAUUGACGCCUCUAUAUACACCGGUGUUUUAGAAGGACGUGUACAUAAUUUGCGAGGGCUAGGCAUGCCGUUAUGUCUGAGCUUUUGUCUAAAUGUUAUGCCGAGGUUUGUAGAGUUCAACGGUACGUAGGUUUAAAUUCAUGCAAGGUAAAAAAAAAAAACAAAUACAACUGCUCUUUUUUUUUUUUUUUUUACAAAAAAUGCAUUGCAUCUGGACCUAAAAAAAAAGUACAAACGGUCAGUGAAACUUAUGUGAACAUGAAUCAACUUAUUAAAAAAAAAUUCAAACGA